GGCGGGGAGAAGAUGGCGUCCAAGAUCAGCGUGGUGCUGCGGCCGGUGAAGAGCAUCGCGGUCCGGUUCUGCCCCUUCGAGCCCAACGUGGAGAGCACGAGAAAAUUUCUCCAAUGUAUAUUCCAUAAAAAAAUCCAAGCUACUAAUAGAAACUGUGAAGUGACUGCUGAUGUGAGACAUGACGGAUCUGAACCACUUGUAGAUGUCAUGUUUGCUGAUGGAGAUCGAUUAAUAAUGAAGGGAGCCAACUUGACGACGGUAGAAAUGUUAACAGCACUGGGGUCCAGAUGUAAUGCAAAAGACCUUAAGGAAGAACAGAAAAGCAAGAAGAGUCCCUGAAGAACAGAGAAGCAAGUGUGUUUGCAUUUAUGUGUGUUAAAAACAGCAGACUACACGAAGGCUUUUCUCCUAUGCAAGAAAAUCUGAGAGAGAUGGCCAAAACCCUGACCAGUUUAAUAUGCAGAAGAAUGAACCCUUCAAAUGUUCCCUGUCUUCACCUGAAGGAGAACAUAGUGGAUCAACAAAUCCAAUACCAGUGGGUCAGAGUGGCUUAAGAUGCAUGACUGCAUCUCUCUGAGCAGCUGUGUGUCGGACUAAUAUCACGUGUAUUUGCAUAUCAGUGUGAAUAAUACACAUUAGCUAUUAAAUUAAUAUUGCAAUGAAGACAGAUAUCUUUGGACAUUAUUUCCUCCAAAGUUUCUCUAUACUGUAGUGCAAAGCAUUAUUAGACUGGUUAUUAUUUUUUGAAAACUAUUAAAUUUAGUAAAAAUUUGAAGAAAACUUUCAAAGGAUUCAUCAUUGACUCAGCUGAGGGACAGCAGGCUGCAAAUAGAGUGGAUUUUGUAAUACUAUGUUUAUAAUGCAUCUGUCCUUGAGCUCCUACCAUUUUCUUCCUGUCUUUUUGAAGAAAAAGGGAAGUCUGCUAACUGUAAAUUUAGCUCAGCAAUUAAAGUAACAAGGUAAUGGGACUGUCAAGACACAGUAGAACUACUCAUCCCAUCUAAAAGUAACUAACUAAUUUUAGAUAUUUACGGAAGUAAAUAUCUAACAUGAUUAUUGACAGACCAUAUGGUCCACAUGGUUUCAGAUGUAUUAUUUCCUUGAAAUACAUCUUAAAGCACUCAAAAGCAUCAAUGCCUUACAGCAAACAUUUUUCCCCUCAAAAAAGCAUUACAAAUGUUUCAGAAAAGACACAUAAAAAAGCAGUUCUUAAAAUGCUAAAUCUAAGAUACUGUCUACUUUUUUAAAUGCUUAUAUUAAUGUAUCUGAAGGUUCAUGAAAAUAUCUUAAGGUUCAUGAAAACUAGUCUCUGUUUAGAAACAAGUGUCUGCUAGGAAGUUCAGAGACUUGUUCGGAACAAGAACCUUUAACUCAAAGGGAAAGGUCAGUUAGUUUUUUUCGAUAAUUGGAGAAAAGGGCUAUCUUUGAAGUUCAGGUUUGCAAUAUUUUUGUCACUUUUGGGCUAUUUCAUUAACUACUUUAUGAAGAUCAGAGGGAGAGCUUUAUUUGAUGUUUACAGCCCCAUGUCCAACCCUAUUAUUUAUUAAGGUAACUGCUUAGGUGUCUCAUCUGUAUUGCAAAGCUCUGUGGGUUCAGGAGAGGUGAUCUCAGGCUGUGCAGGUGAAGGUGUCAGCUGCACGUGUGUUUCAUGUGCAUCAGUUUUGUUCUAGUUCAUAAUGAAAAUGUGAUUCCAGUUUUGAGAAUUGCAGUUGCACUUGAGAGGCAUUAGUUCUACCUGUUGUUAAUCAGAUGCCUGACUUCUCUAAAAUUAGUUCAUAUAUUUCCAAAGUUAAUUUGGCAGCAGAUUUAGCACACAAAUAUGAAACUAGUUUUACCUUACUUUUACCAAGAUUUUUAAAUGGGCACUGCCCUUUCUGAAAGGAAGAUCAUUUUAAAUAGCACUGGCAAGGUGGUUCUUUGCUACUUCUUCAUUAGGUUGCUCAAGUCAAGGUGAUGUGUUAUAUUGGAGAGCUGUGCUAAAGACAUUGGGUGUUUCCCAUGUGUUUGCAACAAAUAGAAGAGUACUGUAGAAGUAGAUCAAAUAUAAAUAAGACUGUUCAAAGGGCGGGUUUUUUGUUUGUCUAUUUGCUUUGGGUUUCUUUCCUCCCAGUUUAGAAUAACAUCAUAUAGUAUGACUUUGCCUGAAGCACCUCUACAGGAAAAGUGAGAAUUGUUCAAGUGAAAAAACACUGCAGAAUUAUUCUUUCCCUGGUUAAACAUAUAUUCAUGUGCACAAAAGCUCUCUUACUGUAAUAUAUCAGUGAUUUUUGUGAUUUUUUUUUUCUUCCUUUGACAGUUUGUACAUCAGUAUGUUCAACUUGUGUUUAAAUGUGAAACACUCUUGCUUGAUCUGUCUUAAAUAGUUAAAUCUGUAAGUAUCUAAAGACUAAAAUGGGUUAAUUAAUUAUUAAUAAUAAUUAAGUUUCUAUAGUGUUUCUUUUGGCCCAAGAUUAGGGUUUAUAUUUAUGAAUAGAAAAGGGAGAAAAGAUUGUUGUUUGAGUUUUUUAUGGCCAAAAUACAUCCUUUCUGUUGUUAAAGAAAGGUGUGUUUUUUUUUUUCUUUCCUUGCGUGGGUAGGCAUCCUACUGUGUAAAAGCACACUUGUUCUAGGUGCUUUCAUUUUAACCCAAAGAUGCCCAGCCUUUUUGCUUAGAUUAGGCCAAAGGCCUGCAACGUUGCUGUUGAGAGAUGGCUGACAGUUCAGUGGAUGAAGCUGAGGCUGUGGGUGCUUGUAGCUGCAGAUUGCGGUGGUAAAGCUCUGAUACGUUUUGUCAUGAAAAACAAGUCAUGACUUGUGUUUUAAUAUACAAGGUACAAAGGAAAACCUACAGGACAGAAAAAUAAAACUAAAAAUGUGCAUUCUCAAGACUAUAAGAUACUGAAGUGAUAUAAGCAAGCAAUAUGGGCAAGAAGGUACUCCUCUGGUGAUUAUUAUGCUAAUCUGUAGAAACUAGCUCUCCCUGUACUGUGUCGAUAAAGGUACGAAUUUAUUUUUCAAGUACAUUAAAGAUAAUCUGUAAUGACUUUCUUCCCUGAGCAUUUAGAUAGCUUUGCUGCAAGCUGUUCAUACACUAUCAGUUCCUGCUGGUGAUUGACUGAAACAAAGCUCUGUCAGAUUCCUGACAUGCACAGUCCAGGGCUGGGGAUGUACAGGGUAUUAAGGUCAGUCAUGCAGAACAAAGCAUGUCUGGGUGAGCAUUGACUUUGCAUGUUAUUAUUCUUUAGCCCACUAAUCUUGACUGCCCCACCAAAAAUGUGGGCACUUGCCCAGCUAUGAAAGGAACUGGAACAGCUGGAACAGGCCCUAAAAGCAUUAGGAUUACCUAAAUACAAACACCAUGUCCACGUAAGGUGUCUGGUAGCAGGUAAUGACAGUAAAAUGGCUAAAUCUUUAAUGCCUGGAGAUUUAAAACCAUUUUUAGAAUCAUCUUAGAUCUGUUUAUUGUACAAAUACGUAUUUAUUUAGAAGUUCUUAUCAGUGCAUAGGGAAAAUAGUCCUGAAACAGAUGAAUAUGUCGUUCAGAUAACACUACCUGGCUGAAAUAUUCCCUUUUUAAGUAUCUGCAGCAUUGUUUUUAGAAAAAAUCUUUAUAUUAAAGAUUUCAACUAGGAGCAUCAGUGUUGGUGAACAUUGCAAGUGUUAACACACAAGUUUUACGCAGCAAGUUUUAACUACUAGCUGGCCCAAAUAAGUGCAAAAUUGCAAUGUUCUGAUGCUUUUCUUGCAAGGUAUAAGCAAGUAGAAACAUCCUGUUGGAGGCAGUUCAUGCAUGCCACUGCAACUUCUAUUCUUUGUUAUUUGCAGGGAUCUCAGUUUGGGCAGUUUCAUGCUACAUAUAGUAGGAAAAACUGGCUGCAAUACAGUAUUGCUGUGUAAACACCACUGGAGUAGAGAAAAAUGUUUUAAAUCUCAAUUAUUUUGAAAAUGUUGCAAUCUAAUAUGCUUUUGCUGUUUGUGAACAUACAAGAAGUGUAAUCUAAUUUCAGAAAAUUGCAUCUAAGUAUUUGCCCUGUUGGUUAUGGAAGAAUCAUAGUUCUGGUUUGGUUUUCACCUCUACUGUAUAUGAAUUUUGAAUGACUAAGGAGUUUAUAUGGUGUAGGAAAGCCAAAAAAAAUCCUCCAAAGAUAAAUAUCAUUGGACUGUAUUUCACAGUUCUCAAGAUACUUGCUUCCAAAUGUAUCUCCUGCAUAUGAAUACACUCCUUGCAGUUUAAGAUUUGCUGGCUCACUGCCCACCUCACCAGCUACAUUUGCAACCAGUUUCCCUGAAUGCCAGGCCCUGCUUUUCCUCUGGGUGGUUUGGAGUCAGGUUGAGACUGACAUGUCACCUGUCAGCGAUGCCUCUUCCAGAUGCACUUCCCUGCCUUCUCCAUCUCCUGGCCUAAUAGCCUUUUUCCUUACUGGUACUGUUUGAUCUCAUCCGAUCUCACCUUUUCCCGCUGGAAGGCCUGGGUCACUCUUCUGAGCCUUUUUUAUUGUCCACCAAGAGGAUGCAAUAGCUUCAAGCAGCCAAAGUACUUUGCUGCUGGUAGACGACUGCAUGUUCUCUGCUUCCUGCUUAACCUUGCUCUGUAAGCUGAUAAAUGUUGAGAUGGAGCAGCAUGAACUGGUAGAGGUGCUAUUUUGCUUCUGAUCAUUUUUAACUUGACAACAAAUUUUCUUUACAUUGAGCUGGUCUUCUCAGGAUUUUACAAAACUAAAGCUGUGCCCAGGGACAGAUGUUAGGGGUGUGAAGGCAAAGGAGUUGCUGACCUGUUUUGAUCAUGUCCUGAGGAGUUUCAAAGUGGUACCUGAAAGCAGAGCCUAGAGAUUCUGCCUGAGUUAAAGUGGGCUUUAAAGUGGGCAGUGUUAAUAGCAGAGGUUUUUUGGGUUGACUACAUGACUCGGGUUCAAAAGAUCUUCUAAGAAGAUUCUUGCUUCUGGCAUCUCAGGCAACCAUGCAGGAUCAGCAGGUAUCCUCCAGUUUGCUCUUCUAAACUUGAAAAGCCUCACAGUAUUUGGGUUUAUGUCCUUGAUUGUGUCUCAAGAGAUGAUGUUACGUAUCUAACAUCUAGAACAGAGAAAAUCUGUAAGGAGGUAAGAAAUUACAUUACAGUUCCCUGAUUUUUUCCUAUGCUUCUGCCCCAGGAUAGAUUCUGAGACUGGUUUGGGCACCUUUUCUUUUAUGUGCAGCUUAACUUGAUACUAAUCUAGCUAUUUGAAGGAAAGGAAUAAGUAAUCAUCUGAUUCUUGACAAGACUUAGUAUGUUGACAAUAGGAAUGGGAUAAUAGUAAAAACUAGCUUUAGCUUCCAAAGGGUUUUACCCUAUGUUCUUCUACAGUCCAUGGAAGAGGAGGUCUUCUCUGAAAGGCGAGUCAGAAUGGGAAGCUAAUACUUUGAGUGGCACCCCAGAGAGCCUGUUUCUUCCUGCUGUGUGCAGGUGUGAAGAGACUUGUGCUGUUUGGAACCUCCAUCAACAGUGCCCCAGGCAUCUAUUUCACAUCUAAGCCCUUGUCCCCACAGGAUGAAGUCCUUUGGGAGCCCUAUUCAGGUAAACAGCCUACACAUAUUCCUAACACUGUACAACACGAUUUUGCUCGACAGGAAGAGAAGCAGUUGCAGUCCUUCUCACUCCAACGCUGCUGAGAAGGGUGUUGGUAUCCCCAUCACAAUGCAAAGACCCUUCCUCUGUAGAGGAUAAGUGUCAGGCUCUGCCUGCUAAAUUUCUAUACCUGUGAUGCCCAUCUUGUGACAUCCUGAGAAUAAAAACUAAUGAAUAACUAUAGUUAUAACUAUAAAACCUUUUUUUUCCUGCGGUUACCUUCACAGUGGUUGAUCAAUAUCCAUAGUAGUGAAACUCUGCUUCUGAUAUGCAAUCAAAAAAAAGGCUAAAGCUUUAACACCCCUCUAAGAUCCAGUGGGCACAUCUGUAGUUUGUGAUUCCAAAUUUCAUAGGCUAAUUAUUCAUCAUUGGUAGAAAUAUUUGUUUUAUCAUUAUUUAUUCCGAAUCAUUUUUACAUUCCUUGUCCUUGCCCUUAUGUCCUUAUUGUUCCAGACCACACAGAAAGGACAAAGUUGGAGGUUUUAUUUGGGGGUAUUUGUCUUUAUUUAUAGAGCUUUGGGAUGGGGUUUUUUGUACAUCUGUGGUUUCUAAAAGCCAAGCCAGAGUAUUUGCUUUCUGAAAGUCUCCUCUGUGAGCAGGUAUUCCCUGCUAAUGUGCUUCUGUUUUACGUGGAUCAAAGGCCUUUUCACUGCUAAAACUACAGCUAUGGAAGAUCUCUUUUUUAGCAUUGUAAUAGCUGUGCUGAUUAUCAAAUUCUGUAGAUAAAUAAAAACAUUUUUAUUCUAA